UCCUCCCGCACUUGCAUUUACGAGAGAAUUGAAAAAGGAACAAGACGUGUGACAGACAUCGUUUGUGAUCAUUGUAUAAUUUUUAAAAGUUGCUGAUUAAUAUUUAGAAAUUUUAGUUAUUGGAUAAAUUCUAGUGAAAAGAUUACAAUUACAAGAUGCAGAUUUUCGUGAAGACCUUGACGGGCAAGACCAUCACCUUAGAGGUGGAGCCUUCGGACACAAUUGAAAAUGUUAAGGCCAAGAUCCAAGACAAAGAGGGCAUCCCCCCAGACCAGCAGAGAUUGAUCUUCGCCGGCAAACAGCUGGAAGACGGACGCACAUUGUCUGACUACAACAUUCAGAAAGAGUCAACCCUGCAUUUAGUACUCCGCCUCCGAGGUGGUAUGCAGAUCUUUGUCAAGACCUUGACUGGCAAGACCAUCACAUUAGAAGUUGAACCCUCGGACACAAUUGAAAAUGUCAAGGCCAAAAUCCAAGACAAAGAGGGCAUCCCUCCAGACCAGCAGAGAUUGAUCUUUGCUGGCAAACAGCUGGAAGAUGGACGCACAUUGUCUGACUACAACAUUCAGAAAGAGUCUACCCUGCAUUUAGUACUCCGUCUCCGAGGUGGUAUGCAGAUCUUUGUCAAGACCUUGACUGGCAAGACCAUCACAUUAGAAGUUGAACCUUCGGACACAAUUGAAAAUGUCAAGGCCAAAAUCCAAGACAAAGAGGGUAUCCCCCCAGACCAGCAGAGAUUGAUCUUUGCGGGUAAACAACUUGAGGAUGGACGAACACUGUCAGACUACAACAUCCAGAAGGAAUCUACCCUUCACUUAGUGCUCCGUCUAAGAGGAGGAAUGCAGAUUUUUGUUAAAACACUAACGGGCAAAACUAUCACACUAGAGGUGGAGCCAUCAGACACAAUUGAGAAUGUAAAAGCCAAAAUUCAAGACAAGGAAGGUAUUCCCCCAGAUCAGCAACGUCUUAUCUUUGCGGGUAAGCAGCUCGAAGAUGGUCGCACACUUUCGGACUACAAUAUUCAGAAGGAAUCGACACUUCACUUAGUGCUUCGUUUGAGAGGAGGCAUGCAAAUUUUUGUGAAGACUUUGACUGGCAAGACCAUUACAUUGGAGGUUGAACCUUCAGAUACCAUUGAGAAUGUCAAAGCCAAAAUCCAGGAUAAAGAAGGUAUCCCCCCAGACCAACAGAGAUUGAUCUUUGCCGGCAAACAACUAGAGGAUGGUCGUACACUCUCUGACUACAACAUCCAGAAAGAAUCUACUCUUCACUUGGUAUUACGUUUGCGAGGCGGUAUGCAGAUCUUCGUCAAAACCCUGACUGGCAAGACUAUCACAUUAGAAGUAGAACCCUCAGAUACCAUUGAGAAUGUAAAGGCCAAGAUCCAAGAUAAGGAAGGUAUCCCACCAGACCAGCAACGUCUCAUCUUCGCCGGCAAACAGUUGGAAGAUGGUCGUACACUCUCUGACUAUAACAUCCAAAAGGAAUCCACGCUACAUUUGGUACUCCGUCUUCGUGGUGGUAUGCAGAUCUUCGUCAAGACUUUAACAGGAAAGACCAUCACCCUUGAAGUUGAACCCUCAGACACUAUCGAGAACGUUAAAGCUAAAAUCCAAGACAAAGAAGGUAUCCCCCCAGACCAGCAACGUCUCAUCUUCGCCGGCAAACAGUUGGAGGAUGGUCGUACACUCUCUGACUACAACAUCCAAAAGGAAUCCACACUUCACUUGGUACUCCGUCUCCGUGGUGGUAUGCAGAUUUUUGUGAAGACCUUGACGGGCAAGACCAUCACUUUGGAGGUAGAGCCUUCUGACACAAUUGAGAAUGUUAAAGCCAAGAUCCAAGAUAAGGAAGGUAUCCCCCCAGACCAGCAACGUCUCAUCUUCGCCGGCAAACAGUUGGAAGACGGACGCACAUUGUCUGACUACAACAUUCAGAAAGAGUCUACACUUCACUUGGUACUCCGUCUCCGUGGUGGUAUGCAGAUCUUCGUCAAGACCUUAACAGGAAAGACGAUCACACUUGAAGUGGAACCUUCAGACACCAUUGAGAACGUUAAGGCUAAAAUCCAAGACAAAGAAGGUAUCCCUCCAGACCAGCAGAGAUUGAUCUUUGCCGGCAAACAGUUAGAGGAUGGUCGAACACUCUCUGACUAUAACAUCCAGAAGGAAUCCACACUUCACUUGGUACUCCGUCUCCGUGGUGGUAUGCAGAUCUUCGUCAAGACGUUGACUGGCAAGACUAUUACCCUCGAAGUUGAACCCUCAGACACUAUUGAAAAUGUUAAAGCCAAGAUCCAAGACAAAGAAGGUAUCCCACCAGACCAGCAACGUCUCAUCUUCGCCGGCAAACAGUUGGAGGAUGGUCGUACACUAUCAGACUAUAACAUUCAAAAAGAGUCGACACUCCACUUGGUACUCCGUCUCCGUGGUGGUAUGCAGAUCUUCGUCAAGACCUUAACAGGAAAGACGAUCACACUUGAAGUGGAACCUUCAGACACCAUUGAGAACGUUAAGGCUAAAAUCCAAGACAAAGAAGGUAUCCCUCCAGACCAGCAGAGAUUGAUCUUUGCCGGCAAACAGUUAGAGGAUGGUCGAACACUCUCUGACUAUAACAUCCAGAAGGAAUCCACACUUCACUUGGUACUCCGUCUCCGUGGUGGUAUGCAGAUCUUCGUCAAGACCUUGACUGGCAAGACUAUUACCCUCGAAGUUGAACCCUCAGACACAAUUGAAAAUGUUAAAGCCAAGAUCCAAGAUAAGGAAGGUAUCCCCCCAGACCAGCAACGUCUCAUCUUCGCCGGCAAACAGUUGGAAGACGGACGCACAUUGUCUGACUACAACAUUCAGAAAGAGUCUACACUUCACUUGGUACUCCGUCUCCGUGGUGGUAUGCAGAUCUUCGUCAAGACCUUAACAGGAAAGACGAUCACACUUGAAGUGGAACCUUCAGACACCAUUGAGAACGUUAAGGCUAAAAUCCAAGACAAAGAAGGUAUCCCUCCAGACCAGCAGAGAUUGAUCUUUGCCGGCAAACAGUUAGAGGAUGGUCGAACACUCUCUGACUAUAACAUCCAGAAGGAAUCCACACUUCACUUGGUACUCCGUCUCCGUGGUGGUAUGCAGAUCUUCGUCAAGACCUUGACUGGCAAGACUAUUACCCUCGAAGUUGAACCCUCAGACACAAUUGAAAAUGUUAAAGCCAAGAUCCAAGACAAAGAAGGUAUCCCCCCAGACCAGCAACGUCUUAUCUUCGCCGGCAAACAACUGGAGGAUGGUCGUACACUCUCCGAUUACAACAUCCAGAAGGAGUCUACUCUUCACUUGGUGCUCCGUCUUCGCGGCGGCGUGCUGUAAUGACUUCCACCUGUUUACUCUCCACUGUACGGGGAGGCGACAGUUCAGCUUAUUUGCAUUCCUUUCAUGUAGAGUAGAAAACAAAUAAACUGCUUUGGAUCUCUGAA